AAUCAAAGCCCUUGAAAGUCCAAGCAAAGAAGACGACACAAAAUGGCUGACGUACUGGGUGGUGUAUGGCGUCUUCAGCCUCGGAGAGUUCUUCUCUGAUAUUUUCCUCUAUUGGUUCCCAUUCUACUACGCUUUUAAGUGUCUUUUCCUGUUGUGGUGCAUGGCUCCUAUCUCGUGGAAUGGCUCCCAGGUAAUCUACAACAAAGUGAUUCGGCCCAUCUUCCUCCGCUAUGAGGCUGUGGUGGACGACAUGGUGAAUGACAUCGGCGGGAGGGCGAUGAGUGCUGCUGAGGACAUCACCAGAGAAGUCCUGUGCACUCUGAUGAAGAAUAAAGCUGUGGUAGCGCUGUCACCCGCUCAGCCUGAAACCAAAAGUUUACCGAGUUCAUCAACAGCUACAGUAGCUCCUUCAGAUUCAAAAGAAGAACAACCAGUACGUAUACCCCAGCUGCAUCACCCACCUUCUGAAAAUAAGUCCAACCUGAAGGCCUCUGUAUGCUUUAAAUGAACUGAACACUGGACAUAGUGGACACUGGACAUAGCUUUCUGUUACCCCUUUUUCUAGCAUUUCUGCUAAUCUAAUCAGGUCUUGAAUCAAGUUCAGUAUCUUCAGUAUAGCACUUCAUCAGUCUAACCAUGACUGCUGACAUUUCAAUCCUUCUUUCUCUGAAAGAGUUAGAGCAUUCAGAUUUUCAGUACCUUCUUGUAAAAACGGCUGCUCAAAGUUCCAGUUCUGUAUUUAUUAAUGAAUUGGUUUGGUGUUUGGAGAUCUAACCAGUUCAGACAGCCACUCAGACUCUAAUUUUCAUUACAUAAUUCAGUCAUUUUCAUGCUUUUUUAGCAAACAUGGUGACUUGUUUGUCCAUCCCACACAAGAACUGGAGUGACCAAAUACUUCGCAAAACAAAGUUCUUCAAAAGUGUUUCUAGUCAGUCUCUGAUUGUGUUACUUUAUUAUGAGAGUGCUCUUAUACUUGU